GUCUUUUGAUUUUCACUUGCUUGCGGCUGUUGGUGUCACUCGGAGAAUCCUGUCUUGAAAGAUGGAUUGUAAACCACUCGUUAAUUUUGGACGGCAGCUGAUUCGCCGCAAGUACGUGGACUCUUCGAAUGAAGAAACCAGACUGGCGAGAUGCUUAAAUACACUGGAUUUGGUUGCUCUUGGUGUAGGCAGUACCCUGGGUGCAGGUGUCUAUGUUCUGGCUGGAGCAGUGGCCCGGGAGGAUUCUGGCCCCGCCAUUGUCCUUUCGUUCCUCAUUGCUGCGCUGGCCUCAGUACUUGCUGGCCUCUGUUAUGCGGAGUUUGGUGCUCGGGUCCCCCGGACAGGUUCUGCUUAUCUCUACAGUUACGUUACUGUGGGGGAAUUGUGGGCUUUCAUCACUGGCUGGAAUCUAAUUCUUUCCUAUGUAAUUGGAACUUCAAGUGUUGCCCGAGCCUGGAGCGCCACAUUUGAUGAACUCGUUGGUAAACAUAUAGAGGUGUUCUGCAGGAAAUAUAUGGCAAUGAAUUCUUCUGGAGUGCUGGCAGAAUACCCAGAUAUUUUUGCUGUGUUUAUAAUCUUGCUGCUGACAGGGUUAUUAUCUUUCGGAGUGAAGGAGUCCGCACUAGUGAAUAAAGUCUUCACUUGCAUCAAUAUCCUGGUGUUGUGUUUUGUCAUGGUCUCCGGCUUUGUGAAAGGAUCACUCAAAAACUGGCAGCUAAGUGAGGCAGAUAUGGUUAAUGAGACAAACUCCACUGCUUCUGAGAACUGUACGAGCUGUACCAAGCCAGAAAGCACUUGGAAUUACGGAGCUGGAGGUUUCAUGCCAUAUGGUUUUAGUGGAGUUCUUUCAGGCGCAGCUACAUGCUUCUAUGCCUUUGUAGGAUUUGACUGUAUUGCCACCACAGGAGAGGAGGUAAAGAAUCCCCAGAGAGCUAUUCCCUUUGGGAUUGUUGCUUCGCUGCUGAUCUGCUUCGUUGCCUAUUUUGGAGUGUCGGCUGCCCUCACGUUAAUGAUGCCCUACUAUUUACUGGACAAGAACAGUCCCUUGCCAGUGGCUUUCAAAUAUGUAGGAUGGGACGGGGCCAAAUACGCUGUGGCAGUUGGCUCAUUGUGUGCUCUUUCCACCAGCCUACUAGGUUCAAUGUUUCCAUUGCCAAGAAUCCUAUUUGCAAUGGCACGUGAUGGGCUGCUGUUCAGAUUUCUGGCCGCAGUGAGUGAAAGAAAAGCCCCAAUAUUGUCAACUUUAGCAGCCGGGGUUCUUUCUGCAAUCAUGGCGUUCUUGUUUGACUUGAAAGAUCUUGUGGACCUUAUGUCAAUUGGUACCCUUCUUGCCUACUCUCUGGUGGCUGCUUGUGUCCUCGUGCUGCGGUACCAGCCUGACCAGAUGAGUAACGCUGCGUAUCAAAUGGCCAACACGUCUGAUGACGCGGACAUGACCGAAUCAGCCAGCACCAGCGAGUCCCAAACUGAAGUUCUACGUGGAAACGAUGAAUUCUCUCUGAACUCCUUGCUGUUCCCAGAAAACAGCCUCCCUUCCAAACAGUCAGGAUCUGUCGUUAACGUGUGCGUGAGUCUGUUAGGAUUUUUAAUCUUAGUUUUCUGCUUGCUGGCGGUUCAUGGAAAAGAUGCUUUGCUGGAGGCGCAAGCAUGGUGCAUAAUCUUACUUAUUCUGGUGUUUGUCACGUGUGUGAUUAUUAUUUGUGUAAUCUGGAGACAACCAGAAAGCAAGACCAAACUGUCAUUUAAGGUGCCUUGCUUACCCUAUCUACCCGUCAUAAGUAUGUUGGUCAAUGUGUAUCUCAUGCUGCAGUUGGAUAGAGGUACAUGGAUCCGCUUUGCUGCCUGGAUGGUAAUAGGGUUCAUUAUUUAUUUUGCUUAUGGAAUAUGGAACAGUUCUGAGGCUGUUGGUUCCCGUUCAUUACCCGAAAGAACUGCCUGUGCUUUUAAGGCGACGGGUGUCCUGAAUGGUGAUCCAAUUCCUCCAGAGAAGGAAGCUUUUCUACAAGAUGCAGAGGACAACAGGAAUAGAGAAGAGGACAUUUAAACUGAGAGGCAUUGGAGUUUCUUCCAGAUAUAUGUAUCUCCAGUAUGAUUGAUAUCUCAACCAAUUCAAAACAAAGCAUAGCUAAAGGAUUGCUAACUACUUGCAUCAAGCAGGUGUAGAUCUCUUUCAUAAGUGCUGGUGAGGGAUUUGUAAUACAUUGUACUGCUGAGCAUUUAUAUGCCAGAGGCCAACAUCGCUGCUACGUUACUGUGUAUCUGGAUAAUCAGACCCUCCCAAGUCUCUGGUAGUAUUGAUUACACCAUCUCCAAAUAACUAGUUCAAAUUUGGAUGUUGAUAAAUGGAUCGGAGCUGGUCAGGUCUAUGAUAUUUAAGGGUUUUAGCCAUAAGCAACGAUGGAAUGGUAGAACAUGCUCAACCUUUAGCUCUAUAAUCAUGCACAUAGACAAUGUUUUUUAAAAAGUUAUGUUUUUUUUCCUGGUCACGUGAGCUCUUGUAAAAUAAUGUUGUUAGUAAGUACAAUAGUGUCUAUUUUUAUUUGAGCUUCGAACUUUUGUACGUUGCACUAUCUUGCUUUAGUUACAGUUCUUAAAGUGCAAGACACUGGAUGUCUGAAAAUGAAUUGCUUCUCUAUCCAGUGGCUUUAAUUACAGACUCUAAUGCUUGAUUUACAGUACAAUGUAAACUGAGCAUUAUGCUGCAUUAAUCAUUAUGUCUUCGAUGCACACUCUGUGUAGCCAUUCAAUUGCAGUGGGAGGGGUACAUUGAUAUCCUGGAAGAAGCACAUAUGUUUGUCAAAUAACCUGUAAUAAUCUAUGGGCGUGAGAGGGAGAAAGAGACUCAAGAAGGUUCACAUUGGAGAGAGUAGUCGAUGAAUGCGUAUGUGUGGCCAGCUGCUUCCAUCCUUUUUUGUCUCUCUCUUACUUGCUUUCUGUGCCUGUAGAGGAGGAGCUGUUAGUUUCUACAGUAGAGUUGAGCCUC